AUGCUCCGCCUCCACCAACCCGCGCCCGGCUCCUGCUGCCUGCCGUCUCCGCCCCAGGCCGGACGGCUGGCUCCGCCACCAGCCGGCUCCGAGCACCCGUUUGGUCGCCUCCGCUCGUGGCCGUCCGGCUCGCCGCCAGCCGACCCGUGCUGUGCCCGGCCUCCGGCCGCCUCCGCGCCUGCCGGCUUCAGCCGCCUGGCCCGCGCCACGCCAUCUCCUCCCGCGCCGACUGGCCGCUGCUGGCCCCGCCUCGCCUCGCGCGCGUCCUCGCGUCCGCCUGCUGGGCCCCGUCCGGCAGUCGGCUUCCCCGCGCGCGCCGAGUCGCCGACCCCGCGCCACCGCCUGCUUGCCGGGUCACCUCCCAGCCGGCGCCCGCCUCCUCGUGCCCGAGCCGUACCCGCCCACGGCGCAGGCCCCGUCGCCCUCCGGCUCCGGCCGCCCCGACAGCCGCGCUGCUCCUCCUCGUACCGGCCUCCCGCGCGCCCAAGGCUCUGGCCGGCCUCGCCGCGCCCGGCUCGCCUCCCGCGGCCGCCGCGCCCGUCCAGCCUGCCGCCGCCUCGCCAAACACGGAGCCCGCCCGGCCGGCCUCCGGCUGCCCGCGCCUACAGCGACCUCCGCACCACCUCCUCCACCAGGCCUCCCCGGGCCACCUCCCGCAAGUCGGCCCCGGCCUCUGACGCCGUCCGCGCUCCCGGCGUCCGGGUCGCCGGCUCCUCCGCCCGCGCAGGCUCCCGCGCCCGGCCCCCGACCCGUUGUUCCGACCGCCUGCCGACUUCGAGGAGGCCGGCUGCUCAGUUCGGUCCCCCCCAGCGCCUGCCGGCUCGUCGCGUGCGCCCGCGGGGCUGGGUCCAGCUCCUUCCACGCUGCGCCGGGUCCGGCUGCCCCUGUGCGACCGCGGCUCUGCCCCUGUUGAUGCUGCUCCGCCCCCGCGCCGGCUCCGCGCUUCGCGCGUCACUCCGCCCUCGCGCGCACGGCUCCGGCCUCUCCAGCAUCCGCCUCGCUGGCUCCGGGCCCCCGCACGCCUGCAAGAUCGCCGCCCCGCGCUGGCCAGCUCGCGCGCGGGCCUGCUCCGCCCGCCCUCCGCGCCGGCUUCCCACGCCCGGCCGCGCCCCGUUCUCCUCCACGGUCGCGCCUGCCUGCCGGCUUGCUGCUCCAGCGGGAGGCCGACUGCUCGUUCCGGUCCGGCUCCCCCAGCACCUGCCGGCUCGACGCCUACGCCCGCGGGGCCGGGUCCAGCUCCCUCCGCGCCGUGCCGGAUCCGGCUGCCCCUGUGCGCCCGCGGCUCCGCCCGGCCGCCUCGCUUCGCCCCUGGCCGGUUUCGACCGCGCCGCGCCGACUCCGCCCGCCAGCGCGUCCGCGGGCCAGCGUCCGCCCUGCCCGCGCGGCUGCGCGCCCCAGCCGCCCUGCUUUGCCUCAGCCCCCGUGCGGGCUGGCUCCGACCACGCCGCGCCGGCUACGGCCCUGUCCCGGCCUCCCGCGCCGACUGCCGGGUCGCGGUGCUUCAGCCGGCCGCCCCGCGCCGCCUUGGCCGACUCCCGCCGCCUUGGCCGAAUCGCUGCUCCAGCCGACGUCCCCGCGUGCGGCCGGCUUGCCGCUCCAGCCGGCGUCCGCGUGCCCGUCCACCUCGCGCCGACUGGCGCCCUCGCAGGGCUGGCUGCCCAAGAAGAGAAAGAGGAAAUAGGGCCGACUGCCCAAAAAAAAAGAGAAGGAAAGAAGAGGUCGGCUGGGACAAAGAAAAGGGAAAACUCCGUCUAUCCGUCCGCCUGCUUCGUCACUCGGACGGCCGGACGCGACCUGGCCUGCCGGUCCGCCUUGACGCCUGGCUGGUCGAACCUCGGCCCGAAUCUCGGGGGCUACACCCGGCGGGUGCGAUGA